CUAAUAAACAAGGACAAAUAUCUUCCUCAACCUUUCCAUCGUCAUGGCUGGACAUGGAUCGGGCACUGGGUUCCACCCGCACCUUCCUGGCUUCAAAUAUAAGCUGCUCUCUACGACAUUGGGUGCAACAAUGUGGUUCUUCAUAUUCUAUCGUGCCCGAAAGGACGGUAUGAAACUUUUGGGCUUGAAGCAUCCAUGGGAAGGUCAUGGCCAUGGUCACGACGAUCAUGCCCACGAAUCGCACGCAGAGCAUCACUAGCCUGUAGACACUUUGAAUGCAAACCUCAUAUUACAUGCAGUGUUUCACCC